AUGUGGACUGGUGAGGACAAAGGCAAACUAGAUAGGCCUGGUGGUCACCCUGAACCAGAUAAUGUGUCAACAUCUAUACAGUCUUGGACAGAAGAAGAAUGCACUGCUCCAGAAAACUCGCUUCGAAUUCGAGAAGAGGUUUUCGACUCGGUUAAAUGUGAAAUUCGCGAUGAAGUUAAUUUACCACUGGAAUCAUUAAAGGACCCUCUACUGUUAGGAGUAGUUCGAAGCCUCGAACGACUUGGGCGGCCGAGUGCUGAAUUUCUUGUGCUUUGCUCUUUGACAUCUAAAGAAGUAGAAAAUCUCUAUUUGAAGAGUUGUCAAGCAGAAGCUGACGAAUCGGUAGAUAUUGUGUUUCUACCGGAAGAGAAGGUUCGUGGAUUGGAUUUGGAUCAGAGUAUCUGGCACAGCCUUACUGAUGCAGCUUGUGGAGCAAUAAAACUCUACAGUCAAUGUUACUCGAGCUGCCCAAGUUAG